AGACUAGUGGCCUUAGUGCCCAUGCCCAGUGACCCUCCAUUCAAUACCCGAAGAGCCUACACCAGUGAGGAUGAAGCCUGGAAGUCGUACUUGGAGAAUCCCCUGACAGCGGCCACUAAGGCAAUGAUGAGCAUCAAUGGAGACGAGGACAGUGCUGCCGCCCUGGGCCUGCUCUAUGACUACUACAAGGUUCCUCGAGACAAGAGGCUGCUGUCUGUAAGCAAAGCAAGUGACAGCCAAGAAGACCAGGAUAAAAGGAACUGUCUUGGCAGCAGUGAAGCCCAGAGUAAUCUGAGUGGAGGAGAAAACCGGGUGCAGGUCCUCAAGACGGUUCCAGUGAACCUUUCCCUAAAUCAGGACCACCUGGAGAACUCCAAGCGCGAGCAGUACAGCGCCAGCGUCCCCGAGAGCCCCGCCGUCAUCCCGGUGUCAGGCAUCACCGUGGUGAAAGCCGAGGACUUCACACCGGUCUUCAUGGCCCCACCCGUGCACUACGCCCGGGGGGACGGGGAGGAGCCGCGCGUGGUCAUCUUCGAACAGACUCAGUACGACGUGCCCGCCAUGGCCACCCACAGCACCUAUCUCAAGGACGACCAGCGCAGCACCCCCGACAGCACCUACAGCGAGAGCUUCAAAGACGGGGCCGCAGAGAAAUUUCGGAGUGCUUCAGUUGGGGCUGAGGAGUACAUGUAUGACCAGACAUCAAGUGGCACGUUUCAGUACACCUUGGAAGCCACCAAAUCUCUCCGUCAGAAGCAGGGGGAGGGCCCCAUGACCUACCUCAACAAAGGACAGUUCUAUGCCAUAACGCUCAGCGAGACCGGGGAUAACAAAUGCUUCCGACACCCAAUCAGCAAAGUCAGGAGCGUGGUGAUGGUGGUCUUCAGUGAAGACAAAAACCGGGAUGAACAGCUGAAAUACUGGAAGUACUGGCACUCUCGGCAGCACACGGCCAAGCAGAGAGUCCUCGACAUCGCUGAUUACAAGGAGAGCUUUAAUACGAUUGGAAACAUCGAAGAGAUUGCAUAUAAUGCUGUCUCCUUUACCUGGGAUGUGAAUGAAGAGGCGAAGAUUUUCAUCACCGUGAAUUGCCUGAGUACAGAUUUCUCCUCCCAAAAAGGGGUGAAAGGACUUCCUUUGAUGAUUCAGAUUGAUACAUACAGUUAUAAUAAUCGCAGCAAUAAACCCAUUCAUAGAGCUUAUUGCCAGAUCAAGGUCUUCUGUGACAAAGGAGCAGAAAGAAAAAUCCGAGAUGAAGAGAGGAAGCAGAACAGGAAGAAGGGGAAAGGCCAGGCCUCCCAAACCCAGUGCAAUAACUCCUCUGAUGGGAAGUUGGCUGCCAUACCUUUACAGAAGAAGAGCGACAUCACCUACUUCAAAACCAUGCCGGAUCUGCACUCACAGCCGGUCCUCUUCAUACCCGACGUGCACUUUGCAAACCUGCAGAGGACUGGACAGGUGUAUUACAACACGGAUGAUGAACGAGAAGGCAGCAGUGUCCUUGUGAAACGGAUGUUCAGGCCCAUGGAAGAGGAGUUUGGUCCAGCACCUUCUAAGCAGAUGAAAGAAGAAGGGAUGAAGCGAGUGCUUUUGUAUGUGCGGAGGGAGACGGACGAUGUGUUUGAUGCUUUGAUGUUGAAAUCCCCCACGGUGAAGGGCCUGAUGGAUGCGAUAUCUGAGAAAUAUGGGCUGCCCGUGGAGAAGAUAGCAAAGCUUUACAAGAAAAGCAAAAAAGGCAUCUUGGUGAACAUGGAUGACAACAUCAUUGAGCACUACUCGCACGAGGACACCUUCAUCCUUAACAUGGAGAGCAUGGUGGAAGGCUUCAAGAUCACGCUCAUGGAAAUCUGA